CUUCUUGUCAUGAAAAGAAACAAACAAAUCUCCUAAUGUUUGGUGUCUCUUUUUAAAGCUCCCUUUACCUUCCUCUAUGGCACCGUUUCCUUUUCAAUCCCCAAUCUCUUUAUUAUAUACAACUUUCUAGUCUCUCUGUUUUUGGGUUCCUCUUUGUUUCUUUCUUUUCUCUUGAUGGGCGCUAAUCUUUCUUCAAGCUUUGCAGACCCAAAUGUUUAUUCUCUUGUUGGGUCUUUAUGCCUACAACCAUCACCACCGCCACCAAGGAUAAAGCCAGGUCUUGGUGAUUUACCAGAGAGUUGUGUCGCUUUAGUUCUUGAAUAUUUAAACCCAUCAGAGAUUUGCAGAUUGGCUAAAUUAAACAGGGCAUUUCGUGGUGCUUCUUGGGCUGAUUUUGUUUGGGAGUCAAAAUUGCCUGUGAAUUAUGAAGACUUGAUUGAAAGAGUUUUUGGUGAUGGUCUUGAAGAUAAGUUGUGUAAGAGAGAGGUUUAUACCAGGCUUUGUAGAGCUAAUUCUUUUGAUGAUGGCACCAAGAAAGCAUGGCUGGAUAAGAGAACAGGAGGUGUAUGCUUAUCCAUUGCUUCCAAGGGGUUAGCGAUAACAGGAAUCGAUGAUCGAAGAUAUUGGAAUCAUAUUCCAACAGAGGAAUCUAGCUUCAACUCAGUUGCAUAUCUUCAGCAAAUCUGGUGGUUUGAGGUUGAUGGUCAAUUUGAAUUCCCAUUUCCAGCGGGGACCUAUAGCCUGUUCUUCAGACUACAAUUGGGGCGGGCUGCUAAGAGGUUCGGUCGCCGCAUCUGUAACACUGAGCAUGUCCAUGGUUGGGAUAUAAAACCUGUACAGUUUCAGCUAUGGACUUCAGAUGGCCAGUAUGCCUCUUCCCAGUGUUUUUUGGAAGAUCCUGGGAAAUGGAACCUCUACCAUGCCGGGGACUUUGUGGUUGAUGGCACCAAUGCAUCAACAAAGCUCAAGUUCUCAAUGACACAGAUAGACUGUACACACACCAAAGGUGGUCUAUGUUUGGACUCCAUAUUAGUAUAUCCAUGUAAAUUAAAAGAAGGGUUAGGGCAUUUUUAAACCGCACUUAACCUUUUAGGGUAGAGUUCUGCGUUGUAGUGAGCUAGGACAUCUUUGAGACGAAGCGGAAUCUAGUAUUUGUUGGUUCUUCAGGCCUUGUAUCAUGUGUACCCAAGCAAUGUAUAUAUUGUCGUAUUUAAGGUUGUUGAUAAAGUGUGUAGUUUUUUUUUA